AUGACAUUCAGGCAAAUGAUCAUUUUCUGUGAGCACCAUCAAGAUCUUGACUGGAAGGGCUAUGGUUAUGCCUUGCUACUGUUUGUUGUCGUCUUUUUGCAAACCCUGAUCCUUCAGCAAUAUCAGCGUUUUAACAUGCUCACGUCAGCAAAAAUUAAAACUGCCGUAACUGGAUUGGUCUACAAAAAGGCUCUUCUUUUAUCUAAUGUUUCUCGAAAAAAGUUUUCCACUGGAGAAAUUAUUAACUUGAUGUCUGCAGAUGCCCAGCAGCUCAUGGACUUGACAGUGAACCUCAACCUUCUCUGGUCAGCCCCUUUCCAGAUCCUGAUGUCCAUAUUACUCCUGUGGCAAGAACUGGGUCUGGCAGUGUUAGCCGGGCUGGCAGUUCUUGUGCUGGUGAUACCAGUCAAUGCUUUAGUUGCAACUAGAGUAAAAAAACUAAAGAAAAGUCAAACGAAGAACAAAGAUAAAGAGAUAAAGCUGCUCAAUGAAAUUUUGCAUGGAAUUAAGAUCCUCAAACUUUAUGCCUGGGAACCCUCCUAUAAAAAGAAGGUUCUUGAAAUUCGAGAUCGGGAAUUGGAAGUUCAAAAGUCAGCGAGCUAUCUUGCUGUAUUUUCUAUGCUGACAUUAACUUGCAUUCCAUUUUUGGUUUCACUGGCAACAUUCGGCAUCUAUUUCUUACUCGAUGAGGGAAACAAUUUAACAGCCACUAAAGUGUUCACAUCCAUGUCUUUAUUUAACAUUUUGAGGCUUCCUCUGUUUGAUUUACCAAUGGUGAUCUCAGCUGUGGUGCAGGUAAAUCUAAGCUUGAACAUAAAGAUUCCAGAAGGAGCCUUAGUGGCCAUCGUAGGGCAAGUUGGGUCUGGAAAAUCAUCUGUGCUUUCUGCCAUUCUGGGAGAAAUGGAGAAACUUUCAGGAGUAGUCCAAAGAAAGGGUUCUGUGGCUUAUGUUCCCCAGCAGGCCUGGAUUCAGAAUUGUAUAUUGCAAGAAAACAUUCUCUUUGGCUCCGUCAUGCAGAAACAGUUUUAUGAGCGUGUAUUGGAAGCCUGUGCUCUCCUUUGUGAUUUGGAGCAGUUACCAAAUGGAGAUCAAACUGAAAUUGGAGAAAGAGGUGUGAAUAUAAGUGGGGGUCAGAAGCAUCGAGUGAGUCUUGCCAGAGCUGUGUAUAGUGGGGCCGACAUCUACCUCUUGGAUGACCCCUUGUCUGCAGUUGAUGUCCACGUUGGAAAACAACUUUUUGAAAAAGUCAUUGGUUCUUCAGGUCUUUUGAAAAACAAGACUCGUAUUUUAGUCACCCACAACCUCACACUUCUGCCACAGAUGGAUCUUAUUGUUGUGAUGGAAAACGGCAGAGUAGCACAAAUGGGCACAUACGAGGAAUUGCUGACUAAAAGUAGAAACUUCACGAAUUUCCUUCAGGACUUCAGUGAGGAAGAAAAAGCUCAUGCUUUAAAGCCAGUCAGUGUAAUCAACUCCAGAAACAUACUCAAAGGCCAAAUCCUGGAGCAGAAAGAUAGGCCCCCAAUGGAUCAAGGAAAACAGUUUUCAAUGAAAAAAGAAAAGAUCCCAAUUGGUGGGGUGAAGUUCUCCAUCAUUUUGAAGUACCUCCAAGCCUUUGGCUGGCUCUGGGUGUGGCUGAGUGUGGUCUCUUGCCUAGGGCAGAAUUUGGUAGGCAUUGCACAGAAUCUGUGGCUUAGUUCCUGGGCAAAAGAAGCAAAACAUAUGAAUGAGUUUACAGACUGGAAGCAAAUAAGGAGCAGUAAAUUGAAUACCUAUGGAAUAUUGGGAUUAAUACAAGGUCUAUUUGUGUGCUCUGGAGCCUAUGUACUCACCAAAGGGUCCCUUGCUGCCUCCCGAACUUUGCAUGCUCGGCUGCUGGACAGUAUGCUUCACCUCCCACUCCAGUUUUUUGAAACCAACCCCGUUGGCCAGACCAUCAAUCGAUUCACCAAGGACAUGUUUAUAAUUGAUAUACGUUUCCAUUACUACUUGCGCACGUGGGUGAACUGUACACUGGAUGUUCUAGGAACAAUUUUGGUCAUCGUGGGAGCUUUACCACUCUUCAUUCUGGGGGUUAUUCCAUUGGUGUUUCUCUAUUUCACUAUACAAAGAUACUACAUGGCGAGCUCUCGGCAGAUUCGACGUUUAGCGGGAGCUUCUCGCUCUCCUAUCAUUUCCCACUUUAGUGAGACCUUAUCUGGAGUGUCCACUAUCAGGGCAUUUGGACAUGAGCAGAGGUUCAUCCAGCAAAACAAAGAGACGGUGAAUGAGAACUUGGUCUGUUUCUACAAUAACGUAAUUUCAAAUAGGUGGCUGUCUGUAAGGCUUGAAUUUCUUGGCAACUUAAUGGUGUUCUUUGUCGCACUGCUUGCUGUGCUGGCUGGCAAUUCUAUAGACUCAGCAAUAGUUGGUUUGUCCAUAUCCUAUGCCCUAAAUAUUACACAGUCGCUGAAUUUUUGGGUGAGGAAAGCAUGUGAAAUUGAAACAAAUGCAGUUUCCAUUGAAAGAGUUUGUGAGUAUGAAAAUAUGAAUAAAGAGGCACCCUGGAUAAUGUCUAAAAGGCCUCCAUCACAAUGGCCCAAUAAAGGAAUAGUGGAAUUUAUUAAUUAUCAGGCUAGAUACCGAGAUGAUCUUGGGUUAGCAUUAGAAGAUGUCACUUUCCAGACUCACGAGGAAGAGAAGAUUGGAAUUGUAGGAAGGACUGGGGCAGGCAAAUCAACAUUAUCAAAAUGCUUAUUUAGAAUUGUGGAACGGUCAGGAGGCAAAAUUAUUAUUGAUGGAAUUGACAUAUCAACUAUAGGACUUCAUGACCUUCGUGGCAAACUUAAUAUUAUACCACAGGAUCCUGUUUUAUUUUCUGGAACCCUUCAAACCAACUUGGAUCCCCUAGAGAAAUAUUCUGAUAUGGAGCUGUGGGAAGUGCUGGAACUUUGUCACUUAAAGGAGUUUGUAAAUUCCCUCCCCAAAAAGCUGCUACAUGAGGUCUCUGAGGGGGGUGAAAAUCUAAGCAUUGGACAGCGGCAGCUUGUCUGUCUUGCUCGGGCUCUGCUUAGAAAAACAAAAAUUCUUGUCUUGGAUGAGGCAACAGCUUCCAUUGAUUUUGAAACUGAUAACUUGGUACAGUCAACGAUCAGAAAGGAGUUUUCCAAUUGCACUGUCCUGACAAUUGCUCAUCGACUGCAUUCUGUCAUUGAUUCAGAUAGGGUGCUUGUUUUCGACUCUGGAAGGAUGGUAGAAUUUGAAACACCACAGAAUUUGAUCCACCAGAAAGGACUUUUCUAUGAAAUGAUAAAAGAAGCUGGAAUAAAACAAGACUCAGGGACAGAAAAUAAAUAAUUUAAAUUGUAUUUUGGUUAUAUAGAAGUAAAAGACUUGUAUUUUUAAAAAUGAUGGGGAAAAUGUACAAAUAGGAUAUGAUGCGGCACAUAUGUUCACUGGCACCCAGUUCUGAUGCUACUGGACUGUAUGUUGUCGCUCACAUUCAUGUUCUUUGUAACAGCUGCCUUCCCAUAGGUGCCAAAUGCCUUACUUCCAAUUUCUGACUUUGUUCAGGGUCACCUAUUGUCCAGGUUUUAUUUUUUUCCCCCGCUACUUUUCAGUAAGAUCUAAACAUGCUUUUUGUUUUCUGUGUUCUCACUAACCCCUUGUGUAAACACUUAUUAUGUCAGGGAUCAUAAUCUAUUUUAAUUCUUUUAGCUUUCUCCCCACUGAAACUUCUUAAAAGCAAGUACCCAAUUUUAGCUAUGUAUCAUAAUGUCUUUCAUGAAGUUGGUACCCUACAAGUAUUUGUAGAAUGAGUAACUGGAUUUUAGUGUAAUAGACACAUUAUAUGUAUAUACAUAU